GGGCCUGAUUCAAUGCGCUCCUCUCUUGGAUUAUUUCCAGACUCACACAGUGCCUUUCCAAAAUGCAGACGAUCAAGAACACAAUUGCCGAAAACUUCGGCGGGCCGUCCCAUGAGCUCGCCGAGCACAAGUUUAGCUUAGAGGAGGUUCCCGACCUCAGUGAUAAGGUAGCGGUUGUGACGGGCGGCAGUGAAGGCAUCGGCUUCGGCUGCACCCACACGCUCCUAUCCAAGAACAUCGCCAAGCUGUUCGUCACAUCGCUUCGCAAGGAGGUCGCCGACGAUGCGCUCGCCGCCAUCGAAGAGGAGUUCGGCCCGGAGAAGCGCAAGCGCUUCAUCUGGCUGCAGUGCGACCUGUCGGACUGGGAGCAGACGGCGCACGUGGCGGGGGAGAUCGCGUCGCAGACGGACCGGAUCGACAUCCUGAUCAACAACGCGGGGCGGGGGAUCAUGAGCCGGCAGCUGGCGCCCACCAACGGGAUCGACCAGCACAUGGCGACGAACCACAUGGGCCACGUCGUGCUGACGUCGCACCUGCUGCCGACGCUGAAGAAGACGGCCGACGCCGGCCACACGGUCCGCAUCGUCAACCUCUCCUCCAACGUGCACAGCAGCGCGCCUGCCGACACCGAGUUCGCCUCCGUCGAGGAGCUGAACCGCGAAUACGACCCCAACUCCCUGUACGGCCGCAGCAAGCUGGCCAACCUCCUGCACGCCAAGUGGCUGAACCAGCACCUCCGAUCCACGCACCCCAACAUCAUCGUCAACGCGACGCACCCAGGCGUGGUCGACACGGCGCAGACGAACGUCCAUAUCCACGAGGCGUUCCCGCUGCUGGGCUACGGCAUGUCGCUCGGGCUGAAGCCCUUCCGCAAGACGCAGUUCCAGGGCGCCGUCUCGACCAUGUACGCGGCCACCGUCGCGACGGAGGGCGGCCAGUUCAUCUGUCCGCCGUGCAUCGUGGAGAAGGGCAGCGACAAGGCGAAUGACAUGCAGCUGGCUGAUCGAUUGAUGAAGUUGACGGCUGAGGUUGUGGAGAAGAAAACUCGCUCGGAGAGUAGUGCCAAGGGGUGUCCUUUCAAGGAGGAUUAA